CUUGGCAGCGAGCUGAAGCGGCGCCUGAAGGCGGAGAAGAAGUUGGCGGAGAAGGAGGCGAAGCAGAAGGAGGAGGAGAAGAAGAAGCCGCCGCCUCAUCAUCCUCCGCAACAGCUGCUGGACGGCGGGGCGGCCGACGAGGAGAGCUUGGAUCCCAACCAAUAUUAUAAGAUCCGCAGUCAGGCCAUCCAGCAGCUGAAGGGUACCUCGGAAGAUCCCUACCCACAUAAAUUCCACGUGGACCUGUCUCUGACAGACUUCAUAGAAAAGUACAGCCACCUGCAGGCUGGGGAUCACCUGUCAGAUGUCACCUUAAGGGUGGCAGGUCGGAUCCAUGCAAAACGUGCCUCUGGAGGAAAGCUGAUUUUCUAUGAUCUUCGUGGAGAAGGAGUUAAGUUACAAGUUAUGGCAAACUCCAGAAAUUACAAAUCAGAGGAGGAAUUCACGCACAUUAACAACAAGCUUCGCCGUGGAGACAUCAUUGGUGUCCAGGGGAAUCCUGGCAAGACUAAGAAAGGGGAAUUGAGUAUCAUUCCUUACGAGAUCACCCUGCUGUCUCCAUGCCUGCAUAUGUUGCCUCAUCUUCAUUUCGGACUCAAAGACAAGGAAACCAGGUUUCGACAGAGAUACCUGGAUUUAAUUCUUAACGAUUUUGUGAGGCAGAAAUUCAUAAUCCGAGCGAAGAUUAUAACGUACCUUCGAAGCUUCUUGGACACGUUGGGCUUUUUAGAAAUUGAGACGCCCAUGAUGAACAUCAUACCCGGUGGGGCUGUAGCAAAGCCUUUCAUCACCUAUCACAACGAACUGGACAUGAACUUAUACAUGCGGAUUGCACCAGAGCUCUACCACAAGAUGCUCGUAGUCGGUGGAAUGGAUCGGGUGUAUGAAAUUGGGCGCCAGUUCCGGAACGAAGGCAUUGACUUAACCCACAACCCGGAAUUCACUACCUGUGAGUUUUACAUGGCUUACGCAGACUACCACGAUUUGAUGGAGAUCACGGAGCAGUUGCUUUCAGGAAUGGUGAAACACAUCACUGGCGGCUACAAGCUGACAUACCAUCCGGAAGGCCCAGAGGGUCAAGCAUAUGAAGUAGAUUUCACGCCACCUUUUAAGAAGAUCAGUAUGAUGGAUGAAUUGGAGAAGGUCUUGGGAGUGAAAUUUCCUGCAGCCGAUCAGAUGGAGACAGAGGAGACCCGCAAAUUUUUUGACACGAUCUGCGAAGAGAGAGGCAUUGAGUGCCCGCCCCCGCGGACGACAGCUAGACUCCUAGAUAAGCUGGUGGGGGAAUUUUUGGAAGUCACAUGCAUCAAUCCCACUUUCAUCUGCGACCAUCCCCAGAUCAUGAGCCCCCUGGCCAAGUGGCAUCGCUCUCGGCAGGGGCUGACGGAACGUUUUGAGCUCUUUGUGAUGAAGAAGGAAAUCUGCAACGCCUACACCGAGUUGAACGACCCUUUCCGGCAACGGCAGCUCUUUGAGGAUCAGGCCAAGGCCAAAGCGGCUGGAGAUGAUGAGGCCAUGUUCAUUGAUGAUAACUUCUGCACAGCUCUGGAAUAUGGGCUGCCACCCACCGCCGGCUGGGGCAUGGGCAUCGACCGCCUCACUAUGUUUCUGACGGACUCAAACAACAUCAAGGAGGUGUUGCUGUUCCCGGCCAUGAAGCCUGAAGAGAAGAAGAAGGACACCCAGCCAAAUUGUCCUGGCGAGGGGACCUCCGUGUGACCUGACAGACUGCAGAGGGGAGAAAAGCCUCCAGGGAGACACAAACUGUAUUUUUCCAAUUGUCAAUAAAAGAGCCGUCCUCUUGUUCUUUACUA